GGUGGCGGGUCGCGCGGGCCCGAGGCCGGCGCCGGGAUGGUGCACCUGUACAACUUGCACCCGUUCGGGUCGCAGCAGGUGGUGCCCUGCAAGCUGGAGCCCGAGCGGUUCUGCGGCGGCGGACGGGACGCGCUGUUCGUGGCGGCGGGCUGCAAGGUGGAGGCGUUCGCCGUAUCCGGCCACGAGCUGUGCCGGCCGCGGGGCGCCUUCUCCACGCUCGGCAGGGUUCUGCGCAUGGCCUACAGCGAGGCGGGAGACUAUUUGGUCACAAUUGAGGAGAAAAACAAAGCCACGUUUCUGCGUGCUUAUGUGAACUGGAGAAGUAAAAGGACCGAGAACUCUCGUGUGUGCAUCAGGAUGGUGGGGCACCAGGUGGAGGCCCCUUCCGGUGCCGCCUUCGGAGACCAGAUGUCCAUUGUGGAAAUGCCACUGUCUGAGGCACCCCUCUGCAUUUCCUGCUGCCCUGUGAAAGGAGACCUCCUUGUUGGCUGUUCAAAUAAGCUAGUUUUAUUUAGUUUGAAGUAUCAGGUCAUUAGUGAGGAGUUGUCAAUAUUGGACUUCGAGCGCUCUUUAAUUAUACACAUAGACAACAUCACUCCUGUUGAAAUUUCUUUUUGUGUGGGGUACGUUGCUGUCAUGUCAGACUUAGAAGUCUUAAUCCUGAAACUGGAGUCACGCCCUAAAAAUGGAAAGGCAGUUAAUCACCAUCCACGUAAGACCAGUGAUCCAAGGAGACCAGCCCAAGGUACCAGGGAUGAGACUUCACAGCUUGAGUCAGAUGAUUUUGUUAUCUGCCAGAAGCCCAUGGAACUUCUGGGGGAGAAAAGUGAGCAGUCUGGAGUAUCUAUCACGCUGGAAUCUACAGGGCUAGCUGAUGAAAAAGUAGAAUAUUCUCACGUUCACCACCUGCUCUAUAGACGUUUCACUCCUGACAUUUCCUUCUGCGUCCUGUCUGACGACAUCAAGCUGCAUUCACUCCAGCUGCUCCCCAUUUAUCAGACAGGUUCUCCUACUUCCAGUGGAAAAAACUUGUCUCAGGAAAGAGAGCUGCUGAGUCUCUUCUGCUUUUUCUCACUGCCUCACAUGGGUUAUCUGUACAUGGUUGUCAAGUCUGUGGAGUUAAUGUCGGUCUACCAGUACCCUGAGACUUCUCAGCAGGCAGUGCUCACGCCACAGUUUCUGCACGUCAUCACAAGCAACAACCUGCAGUGCUUCACCGUACGGUGCAGUGCAGCGGUGGCUCGUGAGGAGGACCCCUACAUGGACACUACCCUGAAGGCCUGCCCACCUGUCAGUAUGGAUGUGUGCGCUUUAAGAAUACAGCUUUUCAUAGGCUUGAAAGCUAUCUGUCACUUUAAAAACCACAUCAUACUUCUGACCCAGGCAGAUCCCGAGGUCAUCCCAGAGAGAAGAGACUCAUCCAGAAGGCUUCUUUCUAGAAAAGAUACCAGUGUUAAGAUCAGAAUGCCCUCAGUAGCCGAGGCUGGGUGGAAUUUGUAUAUUGUGAAUACCAUCUCACCUGUGCAGCUCUACAAAGAAAUGGUGGAGUACAGUGACAUCUACAAGACUGUGAAGACACAGAGCUGCAUCCACCUUCUCAGCGAGGCGCACCUGCUGCUCAGAGCUGCUCUGAUGGACGCCCAGCAGCUGGAGCCUGGAGAGAGGGCCGAGCUCAUGGAGGCGUUUAAGGAGAGCUGCGGGCACCUGGGAGACUGUUACAGCAGGCUCGACACACAGCAUUCCCACCUUGCUCUGCCCUACUAUAAGAUGUCUGACUUGUCCCUGACUGAAGUUUUGGCCCGUGUCGACUGGGCGGUAGAUCAUGAGUCACAGAAAUAUGAACGGGGAUUGAUCUUUUAUAUCAAUCAUUCACUGUACGAAAACCUAGAUGAAGAACUAAGCGAGGAAUUGGCAGCAAGAGUGGCUCAGCUGUUCCACGCGGCUGAGCCAAAGCAGCUGCCCCAUGUCCUCUGCAGCCCUUCUAUGAAGCAUACUGAUCCUUCACUUGCCUUGAGCUACCUGAGGAGUCUGGACACCUGUGGACUUUCCUCCAUCCUAGUGACCUUAACCAAGGCAGCAAUGGCUCUGAAACUGGGAGACCUUGACAUGCAUAGAAAGGAAAUGCAAAGCCAUUCAGAGAUGAAGUUGGUCUGUGGCUUCAUCCUGGAACCUCGGCUGUUGAUCCAACAGAAGAAGGGACAGCUUGUUCCAACCGAGUUUGCAGUGCACUUGAAGGAGGCUCAGCCUGGAUUGCUGGUUGCUUCAGUCCUGGGCUUGCAGAAGAACAGCAAAAUUGGAAUUGAAGAAGCAGAUUCUUUCUUUAAGAUGCUGUGUGGUCACGGUGAAGACAAGAUUCCUCAGCUCCUACUGGACUUCUGGGAAGCUCAGCUGGUGGCCUGUCUCCCAGAUGUGGUACUUCAAGAGCUGUUUUUCAAGCUCACAUUACAGUACAUCUGGAGAUUGUCCCAGAGGCAGCCUCCUGACACGCCACCCCUGCGCUCAGCAGAAGAUCUGAUAAAUACCUGUAGUCAUUAUGGCUUAAUCUAUCCCUGGGUUCAUAUCUUGAUAUCAUCUGAUUUCUUACUGGAUAAAAAUUACAUGGAAGAUCUUUCAAAGUUACAGUCUCUUAUGUGUGGCCCUUCAUUUGACAUAGCCUCCAUUGUGCCAUUCUUGGAUUCACUCUCAGAAGACACCGUUGCUGGCCUCAGCGUCCACGUUCUCUGUCGGACACUCUUGAAAGAGUAUGAACAGUGCAUAGAUACCCUGCUGGAGCGAUGCCCGGAGGCUGUCAUCCCUUAUGCAAAUCACCAGCUGAAAGAGGAGAGCCGGAUAGCCUCUGUGGUGGAAAAUGCUGUUGCCUCAACUUUGUCAGAGAAUCAGGUGUGGUGGAGAGAAGUAUCAGCUCUACCUGUCAGCACUGAAAGAAACACUGUCGGUUGUUGCUGUGGAGCUGGAGCUGAGGGAUUUCCUGAGCGCUCUCCCAGAGGACGGCACUGCAGCGUUUUUCUUGCCCUAUCUUCUUUACUGCAGCAGAAAGAAGUCACUGACUUGAAGGUGUCAUUUGAACAGUGCCACAGUAGCAUAGAGACAAACUGUAAACACUCAAGCCAAGGAAUUCUGUGCAGUGUGUGUGUCACAGAAGCCUUCGAGACCUUCCUGUACCAUGCGGUGGUGACUUCCUUAAUUUAUAUUCAUAUCCAUUCAGUUGUCCAGAAUGAAAAUUGUCAGGAUGUGAGAAUUCUUCAGAGAAGCGCCAUGUUUCUGAAGGUGGACGCUGAGUGUUGCUCUAAGGAACAACGUCCACUCAGAGCUCUUGAAGACAUGACAGUCUUUUCCAUCCCAGGAACACUUCAAGGAAACAGCAAGUGUGUCAGAUGUCACUCUUAAGGGGUCCAGAGUUUAUCUUCCUGGUUUUUUUUUUAAUCUCUUCAAGAAAGAUAUAAAUGUUCUGCUACAGUAAGAGAUUUCAAACUUUAUUUUCUUGUUACUUUUAAAACUCAUCUAUGUUUCUCUCUGAAUCAAAUGAAGGAGAAAUUUACACAGUUGAUUUCUUGUCUGGCUGUUAGUAGGAUGUGCUGAGUGCAUUUUUUUUUUUUCAGCCAGUUUUUUUUGGCUGAACUGGGGUUUGAACUCAGGGCCUCAUGCUUACUACAAAGAGACACUCUACCUCUGGAGACACUCCACCAACCCUUUUUUGUGAAGGGAUUUUGAGAUAGAGUCUCAUGAACUUUUUGCCUGGGCUGACUUUGAACCACGAUCCUCCUGAUCUCUGCUGCCUCAGUAGCUAGGAUUACAGGCGUGAGCCAGCGGCGUCAGGCUUGUUUCUGUUUUUUAUUAACAUGUACUCUUACUCUUUCAGCCAGAGUGUGUGCAAAAAUAAAGAACUACAU